AUGGAAAAAUUUGGGGAUUUGCUCCACCUGAACUGGAUUUACUGAAGAAAAAGGUGGUCUUUGUGUCUGAGAUUGUGAUGAAUGAGUGUCAUUAAUUAAAGACUGAUAAGGAUACCUUGUCGAGAUGGGGUGAUAAGGGAGUGAGAUUGGGUAUAAAAGUCCAGGAAGACUUGGUGAGAGUGUUUAGUGUGUUCAGUGAAUAUGCUAAAGUUGGUAUUUGUCGCUCUGAGUCUCGCGGCUCUUGUCUGGGCAAAGCCCAUGACCAAGGAUGUGUCUCUCAAUGAUCGUCCAAUAAUCCAUACGAGCACAGGAUGGCUUCAGGGCACCACGGAGUCGUGUGGUCUCUUCUGCAGCUACUACAGCUUCAGAGGAAUUCCCUAUGCCGCCCCGCCAACUGGACAGAACCGCUUUAGAGCACCACAGCCACAUCCUGGAUGGUCUGGUACGAGAGAUGCCUCUGAGCACGGCGCCAGUUGUCCCUCGGGAUCCCGUCUGAGUCGCACCAUCAGCGAAGAUUGCCUGUUCCUCAACAUUUACUCACAAAAUCUCGUGGGACGUCAAGCUGUCAUGGUGUGGAUUCACGGAGGCUCCUUCAGCGGUGGAAAUGGAGAUUCCUUCACCUACGGUCCUGACCACAUUGUCGAUGACAACGUUGUGAUGGUGACCAUCAAUUACCGUUUGGGAGCUCUUGGAUUCCUCAGCACUGGUGAUCAGGAGUCCACUGGCAACUUUGGCCUCAAGGACGCUAUCAUGGCUCUCAGAUGGCUCAGGGACAACAUUGCUCACUUCGGUGGAGAUCCGGACAACAUCACAAUCUUCGGAGAAAGUGCCGGAGGCGCAGCUGUGCACUAUCUCCUGCUGUCCCCGAGUGCGCGUGGAUUGUUCCACAAGGCCAUCUCCCAGAGUGGAUCAGCACUGAAUCCAUGGGCCUUCCAGCCAAAUAUGACUCAUGACAUCCUUUGUCUCCCCCAGCCUCGUGAUGUGGCUUUCGAGCUUGGCCGAAAUUUGGGUCUCGCCAACAUCCAAACCACUGCUCAGCUGAUCAGCGCUCUCAGGAAUGUGGAUCCCAUGCGAAUUGUCGAGGCAACACCCGGAUCGAUGGAGUUUGAAAUUCCUCGUGGAAUCACACCAAUCCCCUUCGUGCCCUGCAUUGAUCCUCCAGGUACCACUGGAAAUGAGGUGUUCUUGCCACGAGCUCCCAUUGACAUCAUGCGGGACAGGAGCUUCAACCAAGUGCCGUACAUCACGGGAUACACGAGUGCCGAGAGUUUGGUGAUGAUCCGCGAAUUGCUGCUGGAUCCCAGUGUCUUCCCCACCAUCAACGCGAGUCCUCACCUGAAAGUGCCUUUCUGGUGGAAUGUGGCUCCCGGCAGUGCGGCCGCCCAAUCGAUUGCCAACCAAGUGGCUGACUUCUACUGGGGUGGAGGACCUCUCCACAAUGACAUCAGGGAGCAGUGGACGCACUAUCUCUCCGACCUGAUGUUCCUCUGGGGCAUCGAUCAGACAGCUCGGCUUCACGCCAAUGGCCAGACUGAGCCAGUUUACUACUAUCGCUUCAGCUUCGACGGCAGCCUUAAUCUCAUCAAGAGAAUGAUGCUUCUCACCGCAUACCCAGGCGCUGUGCAUGCUGAUGACAUUUUCUAUCUCUUCUCCGUCACCAGCGUUCCACCGCCACUCCUGCCCACAAAUGAGGCCAUCAUGACGCGCCGACGAAUGGUGAGACUUUGGACCAACUUUGCUCGCUUCGGUAAUCCCACGGCCAAUCAAGACGUUAUUAUUCGGGUCAACUGGUCGCGCGUGUUGGGCAGUCAGGAGUUCCUCGACAUUGACACAGAACUUGCCUUCGGUCGCAAUCCCUUCCAGGAAAGAAUGGCCUUCUGGAAUCGUCUGGAGGGUCAAUAUGCAUAAGCUUCUCAAUAAAGACUUUGAGGAGGAAUUCUGUAUGUGUGUGACUCUCAUUCGCUCGACGCAAUUCACGAAAUACUAAUUGCAGGGUGAAAUGGUAACCACAAACUGCACAGGAUGCUCAUUUCAACCAUUUCCCCAGCAACAGAAUCUAAUAAUUGGAAAUUUCGUCUCU